AUGUCGAGUGACCGGAGCGGGGCUGCGGCAAAGGCGUCUGCUGGCCAGUGCUCCAGCGACCGGCCUCUCGCCGUCGCCGCCGAUCCAAAGCAGUACAGCAUGGCCCUCUGUCCGGACACCCCCUCCUAUAGUCUCUGCGGCCGUCUCAAGUCCGAGUGGGAUAAGCAGAGCGCAGCUGCUUCUCCUGGCCCUGCCGCCUACGAUGUGCCCGGAUACUUCGACACGCUUGACCCCCAGCAGCAACAACGGCACCUGUGGUCGGGUCCCGUACCCGGCGUCCACUUAGGCAUUCGUACAGUGCUGCCAGAGUCACGCGAGAAGGCGGGCGUGCCGGGUCCCGGCGCAUACCAACUCGUGCGGUUUGGCGACGAGCUGCCCAGAGCCCGCGAACCCCUUAUCACUCGAAGCAGUCGUCGCGGCCGCGGUGCCGCCGCCGAUACGCCUGGCCCUGGCGCGUACGACGAUCCAACGUCCAUCGCCUACCGCGCCGACCAAGUGCGGAGGAAGCGCCUCUUUACACAAUGCUCCACGUUUGGUGGUCGCUGGUGUAGGCGGGAGUUUCACACAGCCGGGCCCGGCCCCGCUGCGUACAAUACUCUCGUCGCGACAAAGCUGCUGGAGAAGAACCAACGACACGCCCCCAGGCUCGUGCGGCGCCAGCCACCGCUGGAUCGACAAUCCGUCGCGGAGGCUGCUGCUGCGCGCAUGAAGGUGUCCGGUCCCCCCAACCCGCAGGCCUUCCCUACGCUGCCCUCAGAUUUCGACUUUGACUUCAGGAAAGGCAAGACGAUCGGCGGUAAGCCUCACGAGCCGCUGGCACGGACGGCGCCUUCUCACUUGACACAGGCAGCAGACGACAAGCCGAGUGGCAGCCGUGCCUUCUGGGAGUCCCCGCCGCCGCCGGGCGGCCGCUUUGCAGCAACGCCUUUUGACCCGCAGUCGCACAGUCUUGCCGCCGAGAAGGCGGGUACCAACGCGGCACGUCUCGCGGAAGCGGGGAACUGCAAGCCGGGGCCAGGGUCGUACAAUGUAGAGGUGGACCCGACGGCUCGCCGCGUUCCGGCCUCGCUGUUUGGCCGAACGCUGAGCGCCAAGUCUGUCUCUGUUGAAAACGGUGUGCCAGGCCCGGGUCAUUACCGCGUCGUGGACGAUACGAGUGGUAGAGGCACCAUCUUCUACAAGGGCGACUUCCACCCGCGCGGUUGUAGCGGCCAGGGCGGGUCCGCUGCGGAGAGCCUUGGCGUCGGCCCAGGCGCGCACUACAACGACGACACCAUGUACAGUAACAGUAUCAACGGCGACCGCGCCCACAACAAAGGCUUUACGAUGGGUAUCCGCUACCCGGCCAGGGCCACCUAUCAGCACUGCGCCCCGUACGACGAGACGACGAACAUCAACUGCGUCUACGACGACGAGCUGAACUGGGUGGUGCGGCCCAACCAGCACCUGCCACUGAUUCGCCGUGGCAAGCUUUAG